CCUGAGGGAGAAAGAAUGCCUGGAAGAGGAGUGGGGGCCUCCCAGGACCCAUGAGGUCUCUGCCGAGAAGAGGCCCGCCAAGGCGGCGGCAGCACUGACCCUGCCCGCCCUCCCGGCGCACGUGCGCACCCGCGGGCUCCGGGCAGACACCCGCACGCGAGGUGCUCGCCGGACCGCACUGAGACGCCCAUGGUUAAGGCCCGACUGUCUUGUUUUUUUAAAAAAGGACACCGGAGCGUUCAGUGGGCACGAGGUUCCCGGAAUACUAAAGCCGUUAACGACGUUACUAUAGAGAAGGGUCCCCGCGCGGCCCCGGACCCGGAGAGCCCUUACGACGCACGCGCGGUGCUCUGGCCCAGGGCGCACGCGCGCCGCUCCCGCGAAGGGCUCCGCAGGCACGGCGAGUCGAGCGUCGAGUAGGAGGUGCGUGGGCGGCGCCGAGUGCCGAGCGGUCUCGCCCCCGCGCGCGACGAGAACCCCUAACGGUCGCCGCCCCCCGCACCCCCGCCGGCAGAUCCGAGGCAGGGCCGGACGCGGGGAGCACCUCUGCGGGAACUCGACGAACCGAGAGCCAUCCUCAAGGACCUGCUGCUCUACAAGAUGUUGGGAUUUUUGAAGCGCCCUGUGGUGGUGACAGCUGACAUCAAUUUGAAUGUUGUGGUUCUGACUGCAGUGGGCUUACUGAGCCGCCUGUGGCAGCUUGCCUAUCCAAGGGCUGUGGUUUUCGAUGAAGUGUAUUACGGGCAGUACAUCUCUUUCUACAUGAAGCGGAUCUUCUUUCUGGACGGCAGUGGGCCACCAUUUGGCCACAUGCUGCUGGCCUUAGGAGGUUAUUUAGGAGGAUUCGAUGGUAACUUUUUGUGGAACAGAAUUGGAGCAGAAUACAGCAGCAACGUGCCCGUGUGGUCUUUGCGCCUGCUGCCGGCCCUCACCGGGGCCCUUCUGGUGCCCAUGGCCUACCAGAUCCUGCUGGAGCUCGGCUUUUCUCAUUGCACCGCCACGGGGGCCGCUCUGCUGAUGCUUAUCGAGAAUGCUCUCAUCACUCAGUCAAGGCUCAUGCUUUUGGAGUCAGUGUUAAUAUUUUUUAAUCUGUUGGCUGUGCUGUCCUACCUGAAGUUCUCCAACUCCCAAAAACAGAGGCCCUUCUCUCUGAGCUGGUGGUUUUGGCUGACGCUGACGGGAGUGGCCUGUUCCUGUGCGGUGGGUGUCAAAUACGUAGGUGUUUGCACGUACCUGCUGGUGCUCGCAGUCGCCGGCGUCCAUGCCUGGCACCUGAUCGGAGACCGGACUCUGUCACACGUCCGUGUGCUCUGUCACCUGCUUGCCCGAGUGGCAGCACUGCUGGUCGUUCCGGCCCUCGUGUACUUGCUGUUCUUCUACGUCCACUUGAUUCUGGUCUACCGCUCUGGGCCCCACGAUCAGAUCAUGUCCAGUGCUUUCCAAGCCAGCCUGGAGGGAGGGCUAGCUCGGAUCACGCAGGGCCAGCCCCUGGAGGUGGCCUACGGCUCACAGGUCACUCUGAAGAAUGUCUUUGGCAAACCCGUGCCCUGCUGGCUUCAUUCCCACCAGAGCACCUACCCCAUGAUAUAUGAGAACGGCCGCGGCAGCUCACACCAGCAGCAGGUGACCUGUUACCCCUUCAAAGACGUCAACAACUGGUGGAUCGUGAAGGAUCCCGGGAGGCAUCAGCUGGUGGUGAGUAACCCCCCGAGGCCCGUGCGGCACGGGGACGUGGUGCAGCUGGUGCACGGCAUGACCACCCGCUUCCUCAACACGCACGACGUGGCUGCGCCCCUGAGCCCCCACUCGCAGGAGGUCUCCUGUUACGUCGACUACAACAUCUCCAUGCCCUCCCAGAACCUCUGGAGACUGGACAUCGUAAACCGAGAAUCCGACACGGAGGUUUGGAAGACCAUCUUGUCAGAGAUUCGCCUGGUGCACGUGAACACCUCCGCGGUUCUGAAGCUGAGCGGGGCCCACCUCCCGGACUGGGGGUUCCGCCAGCUGGAGGUCGUUGGGGAGAAGCUGUCCCGCGGCUACCACGAGAGCAUGGUGUGGAACGUGGAGGAGCACCGAUACGGCAAGAGCCAGGAGCAGAAGGAGAGGGAGCUCGAGCUGCACUCACCCGCGCAGAUGGACGUCAGCAGAAACCUGAGCUUCAUGGCCAGGUUCUUGGAGCUGCAGUGGAGGAUGCUGACGGUGAGGAGCGACGACUCAGAGCACAAGUACAGCUCCUCGCCGCUGGACUGGAUCACCCUGGACACCAGCAUCGCCUACUGGCUGCACCCCAGGACCAGUGCUCAGAUCCACCUGCUUGGGAACGUCGUGAUCUGGGCUUCGGCCAGCCUCGCCACGCUGGUCUACGCUCUCCUCUUCUUGUGGUACUUGCUUAGACGUCGAAGGAGUAUCCGUGACCUCCCUGAAGAUUCCUGGCUGCGCUGGGUGCUGGCCGGGGCUCUGUGCGCCGGCGGCUGGGCGGUGAACUAUCUCCCCUUCUUCCUGAUGGAGAAGACGCUCUUCCUCUACCACUACCUUCCCGCGCUCACCUUCCAGAUCCUCCUGCUCCCCGUGGUCCUGCAGCACAUCAGCGACCACCUGUGCAGGUCCCCGCUUCUGAGGAGCCUCUUCAGCGGCCUGGUCGUGGCCUGGUACUCCUGCGCCUGUCACGUGUUCAACACGCUGCGCCCGCUCACCUACGGGGACAGGUCACUCUCGCCCAGCGAACUCAAGGCCCUUCGCUGGAAAGACAGCUGGGACAUUUUGAUCCGAAAAUACUAGCAGGACACACACCGUGAACGUUUGGGCCGGGGUCAGGGCAGGAAGCGCGGUUAUCUCGAACCGAGUUUGUCUUUGACAGAGUAGCCUGAAGCUUGGCCGCCUGGCCAGGCUGCUGGGCUUUUUCUUCAGACAGUCGCUGAUAAGCAGUUUGUUUUGAGCCAAGUUUGUGUUUUCCAGGCAAUAGAGAACAUGCCCUGAGUGUCCCCCGGCGCCCGAGGGCCCCCGAACUAGGACAUGCUGAGUGGCUAGGGCAGGCCUUGCAAUGGGGCAAGAGCAGGAGGGGAGCAGGCAGUGAUGGGGUGAGUUAGGGACGAAGCAGCCAAGGCCCUGGUCCCCUCUCCCGAGCGCCCGCUGACCUGGGGAGCCACGUCCCUGGUGAGGCCUCGAGGAACCGGCCUGCAUCACUUCAGCGCCAAACAAGCUACCAAAUGACAGGCCCUUGAUUCUCGUCACCGCAGUGAAGACCCCGGGACCCCUCGCCGCUGCUGACGCGGUGGGGGCAGACGAGCCAGCAGCCCCAGCAGGUUGAGACUCGUGUCACCCACACGUAACCCCGUCCCGAACCUGCCCUCUGUGUACAAUUAAAACAGGGACACGUUG